AUGACUUCUUCACAGAAAUCUGCUGUCAAUAUCAUUUUUGGUGCCAUGACCUUUGGUCGUGAAGGCACAGAGCAAGCGCGGGUGUUCACACAGAAAGACUGCUCUGCCAUCCUCGACAUUUUUCAGGCUCAUGGGCAUAAUGAAAUUGAUACUGCUCGUUACUAUGGUGAAGGUUCAUCUGAGGAGUUCCUUGGUGACCUUGACUGGAAGAAGCGUGGGCUUGUUAUGGACACCAAAUACUACCCCACAGCAGGUCGCGAAAUGUCAAAGUCCAACGCUCCCGAAGGCGGCUGGACACAUAACCCCGAACAUCUCCGCCAAAACCUCAUGGACAGUCUCAAAGCCCUGAAAACCGACAAAAUCGACAUGUGGUACCUCCACGGCCCAGACCGAACAACGCCCUACGAGGUGACGCUCAAAGCCGUCAACGAUCUCCACAAAGAAGGAUACUUCACCCGUUUCGCAGUCAGUAAUUACAUGGCUUGGGAAGUGGCUCAGAUCUGCGAGAUCUGCAAAGCGAAUGGAUAUAUUAUGCCUUCGGUCUACCAAGGAGUUUACAAUGCUUUGCACCGUGCUGUAGAGCCAGAACUCUUUCCAUGUUUGAGGAAAUACGGGAUGGCGUUUUAUAAUUACAAUCCUCUCGCUGGAGGAUAUCUUACUUCGAGAUAUACGAGAGAGACAAAAGAUGGUGUUGAGGAGGGAUCGAGGUUUGAUCCUAGUAGAUGGCAAGGCAAAAUGUAUAGGCAGAGAUAUUGGAAUGAUGCUUAUUUCGAUGCUUUGGAUAUCUUGAGGCCGGUAGCGAAGAAGCAUGGAUUGACGGAGGCCGAGUGUGCGUUGAGGUGGAUGACGCACCAUUCGUUGCUGAAGAAGGAGAAUGGAGAUGGAAUCAUCAUUGGAGCCAGUAGUACAAAGCAUAUGGAAGAAAAUAUGAAGCUUCUAGAUGAUCCAAAUCCAUUACCAGAGGAAGUCGUCAAAGCACUGGAUGCUGGUUGGGAGAGAGUCAAAGGUAUAAGUGGUAGAUAUUGGCAUUGAGAGAGUUUCAUGCUGUCACCCCGUUACCUCAAUUUCAUGUCACUUUUGG